CUCAAGAGACUCUUUUCGCUCCAUGGACGUCAAGGAAGAGAAACCGAUGGAGAAGACGAUCCCUGUGUUCACCGUGCUGAAAAAGGGAGCGAUUCUCAUGGUCCUCUUCGUCACCAACAGUCACAGCGAGGAAGAACAGAUUCUGCAGGUCGGUCGACAUCCAUGCUGCGACAUUCCGCUGACGCACCGUAGCAUUAGCAGUUACCACUUGCAGAUCCGAUCUCUUCCCUCUGAUCAGAAACUAUUCGUCACCGAUCUAUCCUCUCGGCAUGGGACAUGGGUUAGGGAUCAUAAAGUUGAGCCAGAUACGUAUGUUGAGGUGAAGGAAGGCGAUGUCAUUAGAAUCGGUUGUUCAACAAGGCAAUAUAGACUGAACUGGAUUCCCGUUAGCCUUGCAUACGCCAAGGACAAUCUACUUUUGGAUAGAAUGAUUGAAGCACACAAUCAAAAGUCACAAACGGAUGGACAUCUGGAUGGAUCAUCAGUCUCUAGUAGUGAUGAUGAAUAUUUUCACACUUUAUCAAAGGUGAAGAAUGAGCCGCUGACACCAAAGAAGAUAUCCCCGUCAUACCUCGAUGCUUCAGCAAGAAACAACAUAUCUAGGGACAUUUGUUCUUCUUCUAUGAAAUGGACCAUUGUGUUGGACACUUCUUCCCUCCUCGACAAGGAGUCUAGGCAGCCACUGCACUUGCUGCAGGGUCUUAAAGGGACACAUCUGGUCGUACCUCGGACAGUGUUAAGGGAUUUAAAUGAGACUAAGCGCACUUGGAGUCUUCUCUUUAGACGAAGAGCAGAGAUUGCUUCCUCAGCUCUGGACUGGAUCCAAGAGUGUAUAGUUGAUACCAAAUGGUGGAUUCAGCUCCAAAGCCUAUCAGACGAAACCAAAGCCACUCCUCACUCAAAUGGAUCUACAUCAGAAGAUCAAGUUCUCGAAUGUGCACUUCUUUAUCGAAACCGUAACAUCUCUGAAAAACUCGUUCUUCUUACCAACGAUGUAACUCUCAAGAUCAAAGCUAUGGCAGAGGAUGUGAUUUGCGAGACGCCGCAUGAGUUCUACCAGAGUCUGAAAAAUACGUCGUCGGAGAGGUUUAUGUGGCCAGAGAGCUUGCCGAGAGGAAGGACUUGGAGUCAUGUUCACGACCACCUGGUGAGAGAAAGGUACACCAACACAGCGAGUGGUGCAGCAACAACAGCAAAAGGCUUGAAGGUUAUUAUUGCUCCAUAACUCUUACGUUGGCAUUUUCAUCAGUACAUAUUUGGGGGAGGGGGGGUGGUUAAAUUUUCGUAUUAUCACGACUUUUUUAAUUGUGGAAUUGCAUUUGUCUUCCAAUUAUGAUAACACUUUGUGAAAUGUUGACAUGCAUGGAAACUACGGCUUGUGUAGUCCUUGAUUUGUGUUCUAUAUCUUUCGUUUAACAAAGUUAAUUGAGCUUUGA